AUGAGCCCGAGUGGUUGCGAAAUUGAUUGCGCAAAGAUUAUUUCGAGAGAGGAACAACAAAGGAGAGAAGAGGAAGGAGAAAGAAAGAGCUUUCACUUUCCAUCAUUGCUUCAAAGAGCUCAAGAUGAGGAGAAGUGGAAAACUAGAGAAGCUUUUUAUGCUUCGAAGAAGAAAAGUGUGGUGGUGGAGGAUGAAGAAGAUGGCCCGGGUGAGGAGAGAAGGAGCCCAACUCCUCACUCGGCGACUAAAUCAUAUAGGCCUGAUGGAACUAAGAAAGUGAAGGGAUCAAAGGUCGGAGAGAAUGACCUCAAGGAAGGAUUUGAUGCCAUUUUCAUGGCGAGGAAAGAGUACGCCAGAGAAAAAAUGUUGAAGCUCAAGGAAAUGGAGGAGAGGGGUGAAGCCGAGCGGCAGAGGGCAGCGGCCGAGCAGAAGAGGAAAGCGGUUGAGGAGAGGUUGGCGGCCAUCGAGGAGAGAAAGGUUGAACUAGAGGAGAGAAAGGCGGCGGCCGAGGAGAUGAAGAUGGUCGAGGAGAAGGCACUCAAGUUUAUGUUCAUGGAUGCAUCUACUCUUGAUCCCACGGCAAAGGCGUAUGUCGAACUUUGUCGCGAUAAAAUGCUCAUGAAGAAGCAAAUUCUCAUGAGAAGCAUGAUGAUAGGAGGAAUGGGAGGUUCCACGGAAGGAGGAAUGGGAGGUGCCAUGGGUGGAGGAAUGGGAGGUGGAAUGGGCGGUUAUAUGAACAUGAUCGGAGGUGCCAUGAAUGGUGGAUUUGGUGGAAACAUGGGAGGUGGCUUUGGUGGCAACAUGGAUGGUGACUUCGGUGGCAUGGGUGGUGGCUUUAGUGGCAACAUGGUCGGCAUGGGAGGUGGCUGUUUAUCGAGUGCGUCCUUGCCUCCGAGCUAG